AAAAACCAAAAUACAAUGAUGGUAGUUUUUUAGACUACAACAAGACUCAAUACAAGAAGAAAAAGAAAGAUCAAAAGUAGAGCAUGUUGUAUCUGCAAGUGCAAGUGAUUCUGAUUGGGAAGAUAUUGCAAAAACUAGACAAGGACAAAGCAGACAUGACGUUAGUUGCACCGUUAUGGAAUACCCAAAACUGGUUUCCACUGAUAUUACACCGAAUAGUGGCAGAUUCAUUUAUGAUAAACAGCCAGAAAAAUCUACUUUUUCAACCUCAAAGUCCGACAAUAGAACAUCACAUAGUGAAAUUAAAAUUAGCAGUUUUCAGGAUAUCGGGGAACUGUUUCAAAGUUAUAGACUAUCAAAAGAAGCUUCCGACAUUAUUGCAUCAUCAUGGAAACCGGCUACCAAACAACAAUAUUGGACAUAUUGCAAAAGAUGGUUGUCAUUUUGCAGUGAAAGGGAAAUCGAUAUAUUUAAAGCCACUGAGUUAAAUGUAUUAGAGUUUUUAACAUUACUUUAUAAUCAAGGUUUAGGUUAUAGUGCUAUUAACACUGCAAGAAGUAUGUUAUCUUCUUUUUUGUCAGUAAAUAGAGAAAUAACGGUUGGUCAAUGGCCACUAGUGAAGCGAUUUUUAAAAGGUAUUUUUAAUCUUAAACCAUCUUUACCUAGAUAUCAAAAGACAUGGGAUGUUAAUAUAGUGUUACAAUAUCUUAUGACAUUAACACCAGUUUACAUGUUGUCUUUGCGUAUUGUAUCGUAUAAGUUAGUUACAUUACUGUUAUUAUUAACAGGUCAAAGGUUACAAACUAUUCAUUGUUUUGAUUUGGAUGACAUAAAUGUUACAGAUAGUAGCAUAUAUAUAGAUGUAAGAACUUUAUUAAAAUGUUCGAAGCCUGGAUCAUAUUUACAACCAAUAGAGUUGCCAGCUUUUAUUGAUAAUGAUAGACUUUGUAUAGUUACUGUUUUUAAGGAAUAUUUACUUAGAACAUCUUCCUUCAGAAAAACUCAAAAGCUAAUCUUAAGCUGUGUUAAACCGUAUCAACAUGUGUCUAAAGCCACUAUUGCACGUUGGGUGAAAACUGUUCUGCAGUUGGCUGGUAUAGAUAUUACAAUUUAUAAAUCACAUAGUACUAGAUCAGCUAGUACCUCAGCAGCUUAUCAAUGUGCUACUUCUAUUGACACAAUAUCAAAAGCUGCAGGAUGGUCAAAUGAUUCAACAUUUAAAAAGUUUUAUAACAGACCAGUUUCAAAACGAUAA